AUGACCACGAAAAAGGCUCCUGGAGGCAUCCGUCAUGAUGAGAUCAGGGAAACGGAUUCACAUUCACAUUCACAUUCGCAUAUACAUUUACCUCUUAGACGUUCUGUACCUUCAUCACGUUCCUCUUCCUUUUCUGAAUCAUCUAAUAGUGGCAUGAUACAAACCCCAAUUACUGUGAUUCACGAGAAUGCUUCCAGUCUAUUUGAACAUCGAGGUCAGAUGGGAUAUCUAAAAACUUACGAGGAAGAUAUUCUCAGAUUGGCCUUAUCAUCGAUAUCAUUAACCCCUUCAGAUCCACCAGUACUUUCUGCCUCCAUCAAAGAAUCAACAGAUAAUAUGGACAAACUCGAGAUCGUCGACAAGAAGCACAAACCAUUCGUUACUACAAUUCCUGAAAUCAUGCUUGGAAUCUUCAAAUAUCUUAAUCCUAUUGAUGCAGUCUGCUUCAGUCUCAUAAAUACAGUCGCAACAUAUAUACUUCUCAUGGCGCUCAUCAACUUCUUGACUUUCAACCCCCUCUUCAAAUUGGUCGACCUGAAAGCAGAUUUUCCAGUCAUCCCUGGACCAGAGCAUUCAUGUCAUCAUUGUUGCCCUGUGGCAUUCUUUCCAGCACAUUGCGAAUUGCAUUUUCAUCUAAGGAGUUUCAUUCCCUCAGAUCUUACCUUUUGUGCUGGGCAAUGUCAAAUGGUUAACGCAAUGGUGAAUCAUUUGACUCGGAAUCAUGUGGAGCUUGUGGAAGAAGUUAUAAGAAACAGUUUGAGAGAGGAAGAAGAAUGA